UAUCUCUUCACAUUUAUAAUCCAUGAUCUUAUAGUUUCCCCACAUGUUUUUCUAACAUAACCAACAUAACCAAUCUUUUCCACAUGCACAUAACCUGUCAUAAGGGCCUUUACAAUUAUGUUUAAAAUACCUCAAUCACAAUUGCUUGAUUUAAAUAAAAAACCUAGACAGCCGAAGAAACGAAAGAAAAUCACGCUUGUCUUUGACGAGGAGAAACGACGAGAAUUUUUAGGAGGAUUUCGUAAGAGGAAGCUAGAACGAAAAAGGAAAGCUCAAGAAGAGUUGCGCCAACAGUUGAAAGAAGAACGAAAAAAAAUUAAACAAGAAGCACGAGAUAAGUAUAAAAAAUCAUUAUCGAAUCAAGUUCUUCCAGAGGUAGAACAAUUGUUAUCUCAAAAUGAAUAUGAUCUAGAAACUCAUACAGUUAGUAUCUUAGAAUUGAACGUUGCGGAUCUCGCAGAAGGUGACAAAUGGAUAGGUGAAAAUAAAGUUAUAGAGGAAAAAGAAGAACAAGAAGACGACGAAAGUGACCAUUGUAAUGAUGACGAUGACGAUGAGGUCGUGGGAAUGUCAUUACAAGAAAAAUGUAAGAUUCGAGUACAGCAAAAAUCUAAAUCUACAUGCAACAAUCAAGAGAUGAAAUCUAAGAAAGAGCUGAAGCAAGAAAUCAAGAAAGCAGCAUUGAAACGAGUGAAAAAGAGUAAGGCGUUUCAACAAAAGCAGAGACUGGAGCAGCAAAAAAACAAGAAACAAAGUAGGCAAAAAUUGCACAAAGCCCAGAAGCUGGCACGUAAACGUGGCAAAAGGGUUAAAAAAUCUGAGCACUAGAAUACUGCAAAAACUCUAAAUAAAUAUAUUUUAUAACAAA